AUGAAGCACAUCGGUUUUCUCAUAGUACUCUGUGCUGUUGGUUCCGCCGCACCUGCAAGCGAGCAACGCCAAGCUUCCACAUUCUACAAAAUUGACGAGUUAUAUGCUGGAUCAGGGCCAAAAUCUUCAUUUACAAGCUAUAGCUUCGAAGUCGGAAUCGUUACCGAACGCGGCGCCAUGAUCAACCAAGCGUCCUGCAGGUCCAGCAGCGGCGACAACUACCACAGCCCUUCGAUUCCGCCCACUUGGACGGGAUGGUGCACCGAUGGCUACUACAACUUCACUUUUGUCUCGGGAAGAGAUCACGACUCGCAUGGAUACCACCUAAAUCUUACGGAUUCACUCGGCGGGCGCCGAGCUCAGUUCUAUCCACAGUCGCUGGUCUAUCGCGUGCAGAACAAUGCGAACCCCGACGACCCUGACCCGUUCCCCAACUAUGCGCUCCGCGCCAUGAAUACGAGUUACGCCCCACGGUGCAUGCACUCUGCUGCGUCUUCUUAG